GUUGGAAGAAGAAAAUGCUGCUUCUUACCUUAAUGUUUGCCACAGUCGUCUGCAGGACGUUAGCGCAGUUUGAAGGGACCGGCUGUCGCCUGCGGGUUCCCGGGGUCGGUGCUUGCCGCGGGCUGCGGCGAUGCGGCGGAACGAGGCUGUGCGCCGGCCUAGAGCGCGGCGUCCCACGACCACCUCCGGGGACCACGAGCGCACGCAUGUGCAGGGAGCACUCUCUGGCGGCGUGGCAGCGAGAAAAGUCACCGGUGCUGCUGUUGGACGACAGCGAAGAGGACGCCACCUACUACGCUCCCAAGUGUGGCCUUCAAGACACGAGCCCUCUCAUCAUCGGAGGCACUCAGGCUCAACUGAAGGAGUUUCCUCACAUGGCUGCAGUUGGUUUUGGCGAGAAGAAUGACUCAAUAGCAUGGGUAUGUGGAGGCGCUCUAAUCAGCGAGUGGUAUGUCCUAACAGCUGGUCACUGUCUUCAAGAUCCCAACGGGCCGGAAGGCGCCAGAUGGGUAUUGCUUGGCGAUCUCACCCUGGGUGGAGACAACCCUUCUACUAGUCGCCAACUGUUGGGCGUAGCUGAAAGAAUCGCGCACCCUCAGUACCGACGCCCUGUCAAGUACCACGAUAUAGCCCUACUGCGGCUGGAGCAGGCAGCUCGCCUGAGCAACGACGUGAGGCCGGCUUGCCUGCAAACCAGGACCUUCAUCAACGCCAGGAAAGUCAUCGCCACUGGUUGGGGCAGGACCUCCGCUGAGCAACCUAUUAGUGAAGACUUAAUGAAGGUGGAUCUGACAUUACAACCGACUUUGCAAUGCCAAAAGGCAUUUAAUAUCACUCUGACUCCAAGCCUGAGGACCACACUUCCAAAAGGAAUCCUUGAGGAAUCCAUGCUGUGUGCUGGUGAAAUGGCUGGAGGAAAAGACACAUGUCAGGGCGAUUCUGGAGGCCCACUACAAGUGCCGAUGGACAAACAUCACUGUAUGUACAGCAUAGUGGGAGUUACGUCUUUUGGAAGAUCAUGCGCUCGGCCGAAUCAACCUGCUGUCUACACUAGAGUAUCAUUUUAUAUACAAUGGAUAGAGAGUUUUGUUUGGAAAUUAUCACUGUAAUGAUUUUCUAUUGAGAAAGUAACACUUCUUAGUUUAACAUAUUGAAAUAAAUUAAAAUAUUGAUUAGUUUUUUAUUUAUUUUCUUCUUCCUUUUGUGAUUGUUCACUAAAUUUCUAUUUAAAAAGAGUAUUACUUCUAUUCUAAUCAGAAAUUUCUGGAAUUUUUUUUAAUAAAACACUAACAAUUGCAGACCUGCCCCCUUCUGCUGUUGGUAAUGAUAAUGUUGAUUGCAUGGGACACUGCUCUGCUUGAUGUGCUGCGCGGGCGUGCUCAGCACGCGCAAGGCUUCAGCCAGUGACCCGACUACUCCUGGACCAUCGAUGCCUUCUCUUCAGGACUUCGCUUCGGCUUCUCCUUCUGCAUCUACUUCGACAGCACCGACCAUGGACAUGGACAGUUUCAUCAGACCUACUAAGACUGCUCAGCGACCCAGGGUGUACCCAGGCCCCUCUGCUGACCCGACUGCACUGACCAAUACAUACGAUUCCCUUUCCAGUCAUCCCGACACUGACGCCGACGAUGCCGACACAGCUGCCUCUCUGGCUUCCGCUCCAUCUGGGAAAACCAAGAGAUUCAAGGCCCACCGCCCAUCUGCUGCCUACCUCGCCGCCUCAAAACUUCCGCCCAUGCCUACCCCUGCUCCUCCUUCAGGCACUCCUGGUCCUGCUCCGGACCCUCCUCAACGCAAGUGCGCCCGCAUGCCACCCAUUGACUGCGAGUAUGAGGCUUGUGAUUCUCCCUUCCUAUCCGCCAAGGACUAUCAGUCUCUCCUCACCGGUCCCAUGACUCCCACCUCCAUCAACUGCAAAGUCAGUUUCUACACCUCCUCCGCCGCCGACCACCAGACCCUCUUCGAGUACCUCGACAGUAUUGGGGCUUAACCCUUUACCUACUUAAGACCGGACGAGAAGACUAACAGGGUCGUCAUCAAGCAACUCCCACUCCAUGUGACUGCUGACCAGGUAAAGACGAGCUGCUCCCCCUUGGUUUUCCUGUAUCCUCCAUCACCAAGAUGAGGGUCUCUGAUACCACCACCACUCAACCUUUCCUUGUUUGCACCUCCAAGCUUGGUGACGCAGCAUCCUUCUGCUGCCUCUGAUCCCUCAGCUGCUAGGUGGUCAAGGUCGAGCCCUAUCGGGGUUCCAGCCGUGUUCCCGAGUGCUACACCUGCCAAACUCGUGGUCACCCCUCCACCCACUGCCGACAUGACCCGGUGUGCUUCAAGUGUGCCGGACCCCACCGAUCCCAUGAAUGCACCUCCUAGACUAUGUUAUGAUGCAACUGCAAGUGACCCCACUAUGCGAUCUCUCCCGACUGCCAGGUCCUUCAGGCCUACAGACGACGACAUCCUCUCUGCACAGCCCCGCCUCGCUCCAAUGCGCCACACCCCACUGUCCCACCUCUCGCUGAUGCUCGCUCCUUCCCCCCUGACUUCCCCUGCCUGGUCCCACCUUGCCCCUCCUCGCGACCCACCCUCUUCUGCCGCCCCUCCAACUGAUGCUUCUUCCGACCUUUCCUACUUAGUCUCCACGUUUAAGGAGCUCCUCCAGCUGCCCUAAAGCACCUCCCACUCACCCAACGUACCCUGACUUCUCUCUCCACUUCACGGACUUCUACUUACAAACUCUGUAUCCUCAUCCAUGCGCUCAUAUCAUUCUUUGACACUACUCCUUAGACUCCCUGAUUUGCCUCCUUGACUUCCGUGCUGCCUUAUCACCGGCACUGCACCCCUUUUACUACAUUGACCUACUUCAGACUUGGCACACCGCCCUAACAAGUAGCUAGACACUCUAGGACUUGACUUCGGAGGGGUUUGGACAUUGUACUUGUUGCCAACUAGGCCUUUUUGCCCAUAUACAGUGUAAUUUGUUCCUUGUAUUUUUUAUAUGUGUAAUAAAUGAUGUAUUUUUGUAGGGGUGUCGGCAAGGGUACUCCACCUUAAAA